CUUUCUAUCUUUCUAGAAUUCGCUUCGCGUCUUGGUCCACUGGUUAGCGUUCUUUCUACGUCGUCGUUUUCAGCUGCUCCUGGAGAUUCUAGGGCUUUUGCGUUUUGUGCAAGAAGAUGACGACCAUGGAGAGCUUGAUUGGGCUGGUGAACAGAAUCCAGAGGGCUUGCACUGUGCUCGGUGACUAUGGAGGUGAUGAUAACAACGCCUUCUCUUCUCUCUGGGAAGCGCUUCCUACCGUUGCUGUUGUGGGUGGCCAGAGUUCGGGGAAAUCUUCAGUAUUGGAGAGCAUUGUUGGUCGUGACUUUCUGCCUAGAGGAUCAGGGAUUGUGACAAGGCGUCCAUUGGUGUUGCAGCUUCAUAAGAUGGAAAGUGAGUCACAAGAGUAUGCCGAGUUUCUUCAUCUGCCAAGGAGAAAGUUCACUGACUUUGCCUUGGUCCGUCAGGAAAUUCAGGAUGAAACUGACAGACUAACGGGGAAGACAAAGCAAAUAUCUCCUAUUCCAAUUCAUCUUAGCAUCUAUUCUCCAAAUGUUGUGAACCUAACCUUGAUUGAUUUACCGGGUUUGACUAAAGUUGCUGUAGAGGGACAACCUGAGAGUAUUGUUCAAGAAAUUGAAACUAUGGUUCGAUCUUAUGUUGAGAAGCCUAAUUGCAUCAUACUAGCAAUAUCUCCGGCCAACCAAGACAUUGCAACAUCUGAUGCUAUUAAACUUUCCAGGGAAGUUGAUCCCACAGGUGAAAGGACAUUUGGAGUGUUGACAAAGCUAGAUUUGAUGGACAAAGGAACUAAUGCGUUGGAUGUCCUUGAGGGAAAGUCAUAUCGUCUGAAACAGCCUUGGGUUGGUAUAGUAAAUCGAUCCCAAGCGGACAUCAAUAAAAAUGUUGAUAUGAUUAUUGCUAGACGCAAGGAGCGUGAAUAUUUUGCAACCAGUUCUGAUUAUGGGCACUUGGCCAAUAAAAUGGGUUCAGAAUACCUUGCAAAACUACUUUCACAGCACUUGGAGUCAGUAAUUAGAUCAAGGAUACCUAAUAUAAUGUCUUUAAUUAACAAAAGCAUUGAUGAACUUGAAUCGGAGAUGGAUCAUCUUGGUAGACCUAUUGCUCUUGACGCUGGGGCUCAACUAUAUACCAUCCUAGAACUUUGCCGAGCAUUUGAACGAAUAUUCAAGGAGCAUUUAGAUGGAGGGAGGCCAGGAGGAGAUAGGAUAUAUAAUGUCUUUGACAAUCAACUUCCUGCUGCUUUACGAAAGCUUCCCUUUGAACGGCAUCUUUCUCUCCAGAAUGUAAGGAAAGUGGUAUCUGAGGCUGAUGGAUAUCAGCCUCACUUGAUUGCACCGGAGCAAGGUUACAGGCGCCUGAUUGAGGGGGCUCUCAAUUACUUUAGAGGCCCAGCUGAAGCUUCAGUAGAUGCUGUUAAUUUUGUUUUGAAAGAACUUGUGAGGAAGUCAAUAGCUGAAACUCAGGAACUGAAGCGCUUCCCAACUUUUCAAGCUGCACUAGCUGCAGCUGCAAAUGAGGCUUUGGACAGGUUUCGGGAAGAGGGUAAGAAGACAACUCUUCGGCUUGUAGAUAUGGAAUCUUCUUAUCUCACUGUGGAUUUCUUCCGGAGACUUCCUCAAGAAAUAGAGAAAACUGGAACUCCUGCUACCUCGAAUGUUGACCGUUAUGCAGAGGGGCAUUUCAGGAGAAUUGGAUCAAAUGUGUCAUCCUAUAUAGGGUUGGUGGCAGACACGCUUAGGAACACAAUUCCAAAGGCUGUGGUUUUUUGUCAGGUCAGACAAGCGAAACUGUCUCUGCUAAAUCAUUUCUACACACAAAUAGGGAAGAAAGAGGGUAAACAGCUAUCACAAAUGUUAGACGAAGAUCCUGGACUGAUGGAGAGGAGGCAACAGUGUGCAAAAAGGCUUGAACUAUAUAAAGCAGCAAGGGAUGAAAUUGAUUCUGUUUCUUGGGUAAGAUGAUCUUGGCUGCUAGCUGAGUUUCUUCUUCCCCUUGUACUAAACUGUAACUGAUCGCGAUCGAUUAUGGGUUGGCUGGACCCAGAUGUAAUAUAUCUACUAUUAUUUUAUUGUAGAGGCAUUUUAAUAGCUUUAUUGUUUGUAGAGGGUAAAUCGGAGUUAAGUUAUUGUCUGAAUGUGUGGUGUACAUCCAUACAGAUCCUGAUUUUAACUUGAUAUGUAAAAUAAAUUUGUGUAUU